ACACAGAGGGAUCCCAUGUCACCUUUCCAUUAAGGACUAAAUUGCAUGGAAAUACUGAUUUGCCUUAACAAAAACAUCGACAGAGAAUAAAGAGGAAGGGAAAAACGAGCGGAUGAAAUAACAGAGACAGCUUAAGGAAUAACACUUCGUGUUCGACAUGGUGCUUGUUCGGCAUAAAUAAUUUGACUCGGGCAUCUCAGUCUGCAACUAAAGACCGGGUUACGUUCGUUUUAAUACCGGACAAUGGGAACGGUUGAAGAUACGGAAGAAAGGAUGCUAAAACCGAGAAGAAAGGGAUAGAAUGCUAAUAUAGUGAGUGCACGAAGAUUAUAUAUAUAUAUAUGAGAGAGAGAGAGAGAGAGAGAGAGAGAGAGAGAGAGAGAGAGAGGUGUUUCCCCGCUGCUCGUGUCGCUGUUGGUUGGAUAGAAAUUGUUUUGUUUAGGAAAUAAGUAACUGAUUAACACAAGCGUUAAAUCACAGACAUGCAGAUAUACAAGGAAAAUACAGUAUAUAGAUAGAUAGAUAUAUAUAUAUAUAUAAGAUAUCAGUUAAACCCAUGCAUAUAGCGGGAAUAAUUUAUUAGAGGUUUGACAGGGGUGGCAGAGAAGGAAAAUAGGUGAUAAAUAAUAUAAAUAUAUUUUUUCUGAGGCUAUUUUUUUAUAUCACUAAAGGAACGGACCUACGCGCUGUUUUGAGCUAGCAGGUGUUGUAGCAAGGACAUUUUACAUUAUUCAUGAAGUGUAGCCAUUUUUACAGAAAUAUUUUAGGAUUAGGCAUUCAGCACAGUCGACUGGACCACACGCCGUGAGGAUCUCUCCAAAACCUACUCAAUUCCACGUAACAUUUUUGUGCAGUUUGUGCGUUCAUGUGUGUGUGUUUAAGAACACGCACACUGUACGCACGCGAAACGAUCCAGACCCAAAGCGAGCUUCUCCUACCCCCCUCCCCUCUCCGUUCUCUGUCCAGCUCUCCCUCCCCCUGCUCCUCUAUGCUCAAUUCGGUGUGUGUCUCCUCUUUCAAAGGGCGCAAGGGUGGGAACAAGUCGUCCAACAAAGCAUGUUACAGCGCAGACAUGACUUGUCCGUCAGAAAGCGAGAAAAUAGUAAUAAACUGCGGAGGGAUUCGGCACGAGACGUACCGCAGCACGCUGAAGACGCUGCCCGGGACCCGCUUGUCUUGGCUCACCGAGCCUGAUGCGUUCAGUAACUUUGACUAUGACCCCAAAUCCGACGAGUUCUUCUUUGACCGCCACCCCAACACGUUUGCGUUCAUUCUAAAUUAUUACCGCACAGGGAAAUUGCAUUGUCCCAACGAUGUCUGCGGUCCUCUCUUUGAAGAGGAGCUCGCUUUUUGGGGGAUCGAUGAGACGGACGUGGAGGCUUGCUGCUGGAUGAACUACCGACAGCAUCGGGAUGCCGAGGAAGCGCUGGACAGCUUCGAGACGCCCGAGCCGGAACUGCCAGAGGACGACCCAGCGCUUACGGGUGGUGCGGACGGGGACUUGAAGAGGUUGUGUCUACAGGAGGACGGGCGGAACGCUAGCUGGUGGAGUACAUGGCGGCCCCGAAUCUGGGCGCUGUUUGAGGAUCCCUACUCCUCAAAAUACGCCAGGUAUGUGGCGUUCGGCUCGCUCCUGUUCAUCCUCAUCUCCAUCUCAACAUUUUGCUUGGAGACACACGAGGCCUUCAACACCAUCUACAAUAAGACAGAGAAUGUGACGGUGGGGAAUGUCACACGGGAGGAGGUUGUGUUUGAGGUAGUGACUGACAGAUGGCUUACCUAUGUAGAAGGAAUGUGCGUCAUCUGGUUCACCAUCGAGGUGUUCGCCCGAGUCAUCUUCUGCCCAGACAAAGCCGAGUUCUUCAAGAGCUUGUUAAACAUCAUUGACUUUGUGGCCAUCUUGCCCUUUUACCUGGAGGUGGCGCUGAGCGGCCUCUCCUCUAAAGCCGCCAAAGAUGUGCUGGGCUUUUUGCGCGUGGUGCGAUUCGUCCGAAUCCUGCGAAUCUUCAAACUCACGCGCCAUUUUGUGGGGCUGAGAGUGCUGGGUCAUACGCUUCGUGCCAGUACCAAUGAAUUCUUGCUCCUCAUCAUCUUCCUCGCUCUCGGAGUGCUCAUCUUUGCCACCAUGAUCUACUAUGCCGAGCGCAUUGGUGCAGACCCCAAAGACCCCACGGCAAGCAAACACACCUCCUUCAAAAACAUCCCCAUCGGUUUCUGGUGGGCAGUGGUGACCAUGACGACGUUGGGCUACGGUGACAUGUAUCCAGAGACGUGGUCUGGUAUGUUAGUGGGCGCCCUGUGCGCCCUAGCAGGUGUGCUGACCAUUGCCAUGCCUGUGCCUGUUAUUGUUAACAACUUCGGUAUGUACUACUCUCUGGCCAUGGCCAAGCAGAAGCUGCCCAAGAAAAAGAACAAGCACAUCCCGCGGGCUCCGCAGCCUGGAUCACCCAACUACUGUAAACCAGACGCCCUGGCCAUGGCUACUGCCUCACCACACAGGAUCAUGGGUAAUGUGCUGGGCAGUUUGGUGGGCUCUGGAAGCAUGGCAGGAGACUGUCCUCUUGCACAGGAGGAAAUCAUAGAGAUUAACAGAGCAGACUCAAAGCAGAAUGGUGAUGCUGCAAAUGCAGCCCUGGCUAAUGAGGACUGUCCCACCAUAGACCAGGUGCUGGGGCCAGACGACAGGAGUCCAGCCACUGGUGGGUUGGGAACAGGCACGGGGCGCGAACGUUACCCCCACGAUCGCGCCUGCUUCCUCCUCAGUACUGGAGAGUUCCGCACCACAGACAGCAAUAUCAGGAAAGCUGCUGGUUACGAGAAGUCGCGCAGCCUCAAUAACAUCUCGGGGAUGACAGGGGCCCCACUGCGUCUGACCCCCAUCACCCCCAUCAACAACUCACCUUAUGAACCCUAUGAGUCCCCUUGCCCCCUGCGCCGUUGUCGGUCCCCCAUACCCUCCAUUCUGUAGCACAGCUUAGGGAAUAACAACAACAAUAUAAACCGAAAAGAAGAAAAAACCCUGAGAGACACACCAUCACACUGCAAUAGUAUUAAUAAUCAUGAUAAUGAUAUCUCAGCUCCUCCACUGACUGGGCAGGAUGGGAGAACACUUUUUAAUAUAUAAUACCUCAAAUGGGGUGGGUGCAUUUGUGUAGGGAUUUAAAGCUUUAAGUAAUGAGCAUUUUCCAUAACUACAUCACAUAUACUGCAGGCAAUAUUUCAGAUAGGCCACUAAAAACUAUUAUAUGCUGUAACUUCAGCGAAUUAUGCCUUAUUAUCAAAGAAAAAAAGAAGCACUGAAUAUUACUAUGAUAAAUCCCUCACUGGUCGUAGGUAAUGAUGAGCACCCUGUAGGAACUCUACCCCUGUAGCUGAACGUCAGUAGUUGGCUUUUCCACAUGUUCCUGCCUGAUUGCUGGUUGUAAAAAACAAUGAGACUGUGAUCCAGCAGGCAUAUUCUGAGGCUGAGAUCUCCUUUUUACACAAUAAUAGGCCUUGAAGAAUUUACUUCAUAUCAAAGCUUGGAAUGAAAAGGACAUAGGUCAAAGACAGCAUGCAAGUAGUUCAAGUGCAUGCAAGAAAAUACUUGAGUUAGGCAAUUAGAACAUAACUAAACUACCAAACCCCAAUCCCCAUUUAACUGCUUGGAGGAUAUGAAUAUUCUGAUUUUAACAUACAACAGUGCUGGUAUGAAACAACUUUUUUAUGCUAGAGUUGGAUCAGUUUUAUUGAUUUGACUUGAUAAAGGAGUUUAUUUAAUUUUUAUUUGGUUAUUUAACCCAUAAAACAUUAUAAGCAUUACUAUUAUUAUAAAAAAAACAAAAAACAAAACACACAAGGACACUAAGCCAUCAUUAAAUCACAUCCCUACAGAAUACUUUCAACAGCAACAUUGGUUGUCAUUUUAUAUUUUAACAUUUUAUUCACAGGGGACACCGUUAUUAUCAUUAUGCUUUUUGUGAACUUAUUAAGUCUCAACUUAACUAAGAACAAAGAAAAUGCUUCAACUAUUCUUGUGCAAUAUCAACUAUUAUGAUGACCUCUGAGGAGCUGGCGAUGAACCCUGCAAACUUUACUAUGAACUAUGAACUUUACCAACUGUUGUAAACUAACGGCGAGACCGAGACUGAACAUGACAAAAAAAGCUAUUUUUAUACUAAGCAUUUGGACAAUGGGUAUAGGAGUUGUGUGGGCAGCUUGAAGUGAAAUUUGCAUUGACUUUUUGGGAGGACAGAAUAUCAUGUUGUUGCAUGGAGAUAAAUUAUUAACAUUUUGGUUUUUGUAUUUUGGCACCUUUCUGCAAAUUUGUCACAAGAUCCACGAAACGAAAAGAGCUGUGGUCUGGACGCAGGCAAAAAAAGGAGCCGCCAUCCUAUUAAGGGCCUAUAACCUUCUGCAUUUCCACGGGACGCUCUCCAGUUUGUAUACUAGUGCAUGAAGGAACUGUCUUUAAAAAUCUCCUUUCUUUACUAUGGUACUUCCUCAUAAAUAUGAAGACAUAUCAAGCUGAACUGCACUCCUUACUGCAUAUCCGCAUAUACUGGGGCUGUGGAGAACCUGACAAUGGCCUCAAAGUUUCCCUAUUUAAGGGCAAGAACUUAUUGGACCUUCAUCAUCAUCACCAACAUUCUCACUGGCAUUCUCACUCCUUCCUCAUCAAGAUCAUUUUCUGAUUACUGUUAUUCCUAUCACUUGAAUGCAGUAAAAAAAAAUCAGUUCAGUUAGUUUUCUAUUUGGUCCCCCUUCUUUUUCUAUUUUUUUUUUCUUCUUUUAUUUUAUUUUUUUACCUGCUCUGUCUCUUGAAUGCUGACCUUCGUUCCGAUAAAAAAGGAGGGAACAUUGAAUGGAUGCUGGAUUGACAGCGGUCAGUAAGAGAAGAAAAUGAAAAGAUGACAAAAUGAACUCUCUCUCAAAUGCUGAUAUAUGAGCCAUAUAUUUUACAGAUUGUGUCAAUUUGUUGCAACUUUGAAUGCACAGAUUCUUUGCACACCUCUGUGAAAAUAUCACUGCAAUGGCAGCUCACAAAGCUUCUUGUUGUCUUUCUCUCCAUGUGAAACAACAGAAAAUCAAGGGUGUAAAUGACUGGACUGUAUUGAUUUUAACAGUUUAUCAGAAAGCAAAGUAGCAGUAUUUAUUUACUUUUUAUGAAAGUUAUUGUCUUGGAACUGAUAUAUUUUAACUACUCAUAACUAAUCUUUUAUUACAGUCCAUCUGUAAUAAUUCAGUUCUUCUAAAUUAAGCAAUUUUUUAGCAAUUGUUUUUGGUAUUACUGCCACAUUAGCUUCUACACUCCUCUUUGCUUCUUCUCUUUCUCUUCCUCUCUCCUCUUUAAAUAAAUCUACUACUACACUGUAAAAUUAAAACAUACUCAAGGCACCAUUUAGGGUUCCUCACUUGCCACAUUCACAAACCCUCUGAUGAUCCUUCAGACACCCUUUCAGUUCUUGAAAAACUCCCUCUUAACUCCUGCAAGAACUUGAAAUAUACUCUCACUGAGCACUUAAUUAGGAACACCUGUACAUUCACAUCAACCAUCAGAAUGGGGAAAAAUGUGAUCUCAGUGAUUUCAACUGUGGCAUGAUUGUUGGUGCCAGACGGGCUGGUUUGAGUAUUUCUAUAAGUGCUGAUCUCCUGGAAUUUUCACACUCAACAGUCUCUACAGUUUACUCAGAAUGGUGCCAAAAACAAAAAACAUCCAGUGAGCGGCAGUUCUGCGGAUGGAAACGUCUUGUUGAUGACAGAGGUCAAACAAAGAAUGGCCAGACUGGUUCUAGCUGACAGAAAGGCUACAAUAACUCAGGAAACCACUCUGUACAAUUGUAGUGAGCAGAAUAGCAUCUCAGAAUGCACAACACGUUGAAUCUUGAGGCGGAUGGAAUACAACAGCAGAGGACCACGUCAGGCACUUUAUUAGGACCAUAGUGUUCCUAAUAAAGUGCUCAGUGAGUGUAUAUUGAAGUUCCUUGAGUACAUAAAUAGGCUCAUUUAAAGGGUGGGCUAGAGGUUCAUCAGAGGGUUCCACAAGUGUGGCAUCUUAUGGAACCCCAAUGUUGCCUAAAGUAUUUUAAGGUUUACAGUGUGUGAAGAAAAUAUAGAGGUUGUUGAUUACAUGGAUCAUCCGCAUCGAGGCAGCAAGCUCUUUGUGGCACUGUGCUUUUCUAAGUAAAACACCAAUCAUCAAUCGUUUGCAUGUGCACUGCACUGCUUUAUAUGUACAUGCUCCAUUUAAGGCCUUAGUGUUGUGGCCAAGGGCCAUCUGUUGGAUGUAUGCUAUGCCACAUGUGUGCUUUGUGUAAUUGCAGUGUCCAGUUUGACCUUUAAUAAUUUAAAGGGAUAGUUCUCACAAAAAUGAAAAUUGUGUCAUCAUUUAAUCACCCUUGUGACUUUUUUUUCUGUGGAACACUAAAGGAGAUGUUAAGCAGAAUGCUCAGCUACCAUUCACUUGUAUUGUAUGUAAAAAAAAAUAAAUAAAAUAAAAUAAAUAAAUAAAUAAAAAAGAAGCAGCUGAGGAUAGCAUUCUGCCUAGCAUCUCCUUUUAUCUUCCAUGGAAGAAAGAAAGUAAUGUGGGUUUGGAACAAUAUGAGGGUGAGUAAAUGAUGACAGAAUUUUUAUUUUUGGGUGAACUAUAUUGCAGAUCAUGGAGACUCAGAUCAAUGUGAUGAGCAAUAUUAGUUAAUUUUUCCAUAUGAACAUUGAUGCUGCUGAGCUGAAAAUGGAUCUGUUUACAUCUGAAACAAUUAUUGUUUGGGGAAAGUUAAAAAGUUAACAGAUUUUUGCUGUUAUUGUUUUUUGUUCGUUUGUUUGUUUGUUUUUGCUUUUUUAAAAAGGUGUCUCUCAAAAGUUUAUGUAAAAAAGUAUUGUAUCUUGUAAAAACAAGAAUGCAAGUGUGCAUUAUAUAUUUUCAUAAAUUCAAAAGAGGGGAGAUAAACAUACAGUAUGACCUGAUAUGUUUUGAGGGAGAGAAAGAGGUUGGCAUAGGGGUUAGUCAUUAAAAUCCCUGUAUGGUUCAGGUCCUGUCAACACACUUUUUUUUCUUAACUUCUAUCUGUUUCACAUUCCUCUCCUCCUCUGCUUCAUUUCUCUUUUCUUCACCAUUCAGUGUUUCCAUGAUCUCUAUGAGGCUGUUUAGUCCAGGUCUUAAUGCUAUGUACAGUUUUGAAAGUUGACUUUGUAAUUAAUUUCCACAUGCAUGAAUUUCUAUUGCGAACAAUAUUAGAAAAGUAUAAGUAUAUAUAGGACAAUUACGGGGUGUGUUUUGAUAAGAACAUUUAUUUUACAAAAAGUUUUAUGUACAUGUACAUGUUUAUAUGAGUGUGUACAUAUGGAUGUGUAUAUUCAUAUGCACAUGCAUAUUAAUAAUUUGCAUGAUACAAAUGUACAAACCGUUUUUAUUUUAUUUUAUUGCUAUUACUCAUUUUUAUGUCUAUACUUGAUUGCUGUGGGGGGUACGGUUAAGUUUUGCAUGCUAAGAUGCUAUUAGAUUGCAGAGACCAUUAUAACUGUUUUAUAUUUAUUAUUUGUAUUGAAUGAGAUUUUUAAUGUGCUUUAUGUACCUGUUUUUUUAUUUUUAUUUUCUCUGUUAGACAUUGCACAAAAGCAUUGCAAAUGGUCAUUUUAUGAUUUAUUCUUUUUCAUCUUUUCACAGAGAACUAUUCUGAAAGCCCAGUGCUUAUCAGAUAUAUGCAAAAAGAAGCAGUAACUGUGAACUAAGACUAGAACAGAAAAGCCACUUCUUCCUUCACAAAUACAUUCCCAAAUGAACACCUGACCCCUGUCUCCCUAAACCAGUAUCAAGUCCUGUCCAUUGCUUUCGGUCCAUUUGAGUUCAGUAUCCUCAUCACACAUUUCCAAUACAUUACAUUAUCCAUUUUUUUUAAAUCAUUCUUAUAUAGUUUUGAAGACCAGAGCAUUAUUAAUGAGGAGAUUAGUAGUUAUGUUACUUCUCUGUGUUCUGUUAAUCUCUGCUCUUACCCCCUCUGCUGGUUUUACGGGGGAUGAACUGAUGUAGCAUUCAGUAUUUUAGAUCACUAGCACUUUUUGGUCACUUUAGAGGCUAAGAAAACAGACUUUAGCCCUUUACUUGUUAUACAUAGGAUUAAAACGAUCAUUUUAGGCUUUCGUUUCAAUGGACUCUUGAAAGAUUUGUAGUAAAAUCAGUCUAUAUAAUGCUGAUCAGAGAGUGAAAGAUAAUGAUAACAAGUCUACUCACUACAGCAAUGCAUGUUUCAACACAUUCUUGAAGACUGCUAAAUGCUGCAUCCUUGUACAUCUUGUGGUUUUCCAGUGUGUAGUCUGUAGAGGCAGAGUCAGGGUUGACAGGGUCAGAGGGGAUAUGACACAUGAGAAAGGCCCGUUCAUAGUUGGCUUAGUGAAUGCCCUGGUAAACAGAAGAAAGGCUGCAUGCAAUCAGGCAGGACAUUGUAAAUAAUUCUCUCGUACUCAGAUUGCAUGUUAAGUUAACAGCUCAGAAACUAUUAUUUGAUUUAAAAAAAAAAUAAUUUUAAAUUUAAAAAAAAAAAAAGUUAGUUUUUGUUUAUAAAAAGUGAGGCAUUUGAAAUAGGGAGAGCAGAUCAGUUAAAAUUAUUUGUUAACAUUACCUAGACCCCUCUCUGUCUCGGUCAGACUUACAGUAUGCUCCCCUGUCACUACUCAGGUAUAUCUCUUUUUGUUUGUCUAUACCAGUGCUUCCAAAAUGAUGUCAUUUCAAAACAAAGACAGAGACAGAAAGUGAUGAAUUAUAUAUGUCCUGUCUAGGCAUGCACAUUUGUAAAUACAAAAUAGUCUAAUCUGUUUUUGACCCCAUUACUCAUUACAAGUCUUCCUUUUCCACAGUGUCCUUGUGCAAAUUGUUUCCUUGCCCAUCCUCAUUUGUCAUUUCAUGUGCCACUUUCAUUUAUUUUCAGUUAAAACUCUACUGCUUCCAAAUAGCAACCAAAAAGCCCGGAUGACAUAAUGAGAAAUCAAGGAAAAAUACUAAGUCAUUUGUUAAAAUUAAUAUGGUCUGCCAUAAGUGGAUUACAAAAACUAUAAAUGGAAUCAGGACUCAACCAAAUCAGGAGCUAAAAGCAUUGAGGGUCAGAUGGACAGAUUGUGUGUUUGGGGAAAAGAGUGGGAGAGUAUUAUGAGGAUUUUCAUCAAAUGAAGAAAGGCAUCAGGAAAUGGAGGACAGUUUGGGGAAGAAAGAAAAAAGACAGGAGGAAGGGAGCUGAACGCUUCGCAGUUGCUGAGCUUCUGAACUGCCCCUUUUUUUGCUAAAGAAGAGCUCCCCAACUGCAAAACCUAUCCAGAGGCAAACCACAGAGUCAGAGAUGGCUCAGAGGAAGUGAAAGAGAGAAUAUAGAGAUGAACGGAGCGCUGCACAAAAACCCGUUUGAAGAAAACCUGCUAUCACUCAUCUCUCCAUUACUAAUUCAACUAUUUCAACCAAAUGUUGGUGCAAUAAACUGAUGAAGAUUCCACAUCCUGGGAUGAUGUGGAACUCUUCCAAUUCUUCCAACAGGGGCGGGAUUAAGCAUACAAACUGUAGUAUGUCCUGGUACGACCCUUCAAGGACCUUUCUCAGACUACCUGACGAGCUAGGUGGAAAAUGGAUGCAAUUUUUAAGGGGCAAGAAUUAUUUUUGUGGAAUGUGAAUCCUUACUUGUUUCGUCCACCAAUGCACCUGCAACCCUGCAAAACAAGUGGAAAACCCCUCAGAUCCUGAUUAACUUCAAUCCAGUCUUAGAUACAAGUAAUGUGUGGUAAAAUAUCCAUUAUGCCCUUCAACGCUAUGCAAUUCAACCACACAUUCAAGUUCAUCAAAUGCUUAAAUUGAUCAGAUUGUUCUCAGCCAAACCUUUUCCCCUCCUUUACCUUUUUGGAGGUCUUGCACAUGCUUUAAAUUAAAAUAGACAACAGCGUCAUAAUUCAUGCAGUGCACAAACUGUGGAAAUCUUGUUCUGAGUGUCCUUCUUAGGGCUCAUUGAAAGGUUACUUUGUCCAUUAUAAAGAAAUGAAAGUCAGCCUCUCUCUUUUCUCUCUCUCUCUCUCUUAGUUCAGCUCUCUGCAUCUCAGCAUUUCUGUUCCACUGUAGAUAAACUGCAUGGCAUGAAUGAAAAAAAAAAAAAAAAAAACCUGUGAGGAGGAUGAAAUAAAGAGGAAGAGACUUAUGAGAAACUCAUAAACAGGACAGGUCUGUUUGCACAGGAAAAUGGCAAUAUGGGGGUGAAUCAAACACAGUGACUCUGGAUCAGCUGAAUGAGAGAUUGGGACAUGGAUAAAAAAAACACAGGUCUUUUACCUUCAUGCUGGGAACAGAAAAUACAGCAAAAGUGCAUGAAACUUGUUGAAGGACACAGGGACUUUUAAGAGGACUGGAUGAACUUGGAACAAAAGUAAAAUAAAUAAAUAAAUUCAAAAAAAAAAAAAAAAGGAUAACAAAAGAAAAGAAAGAAAGAAAGAAAGAAAGAAAGAAAAUUUUAAUGCAUUUUUCUAACUUUGUUUACCAGCAUGACUAAAUUGCAUGACUUCUGCGAGCCCUGAACCCCAGAUUAGAGGGGUUGGAAUCACUUAACAACAAAAUCAAAUGGAAAUAAUAACAAUUUAUGCUAAAUGCUAUUAAGUUUAGAAAAAAAUAUUAUAUUUAAAAAAGAGAGGCUCUAUAUUUUGUUUUUGAAUAAUAAAAAAAUAAUAAUGUAAAAAUAUAUAGGAUUGCAAGACAGUUUUGUUGGAUAAAAGAUAGCAAACCCCACCAAGUCUAGCUGAAUGACGAGAUGAACUCCUUCAACUACUACUGCUCAUCCCAUGGCUUCAAGUUUUACCCUUUACUUGAACUCUCCUUGCUCUCAGCUCUGCCCAUCACAGUCUGUGCUGAGCAUUGUAUCUCCUCUCUUAUCAUGGCAGCCUUCAGCAGUGGCACAACAGCUCCUCUGGAGACCUCCGACACAGGGCUCUUUUCUUUCAGUGCUUGUGGGUCUGAAGUGCAAGGUAGCUGCUUCACUGAAGGGAAUUUUUAGGCUGUGGGUGUGGGUUAUAUUUUCUUUUUAUGUUUGUAUCAUUCGAAUGUGUUGAUUUGUUUUCUUAAUUUCGUCCUAUAUCUGUUCUGUGGGUAAAUCAAAGCUUUAUCCAUCAAAGUGAAUCCUGAGACCACCCAAUAUUAAUCUAAUUAAUAUUUGCUUUGUGUGAACAGAAAAUGUGAUUGGAAAUACCAUUUCAGCAUUAAGACUCUGAGCACUUACAUUGAAAAGCACUAUUGUCCAAUCAGGAAGCCAUAAUGUAAGAGCAAAACCAUCAUUUGAGUUCAAAGAUGCUCAGGAGAACAUGCUGGUGCAUUUGAAAACUGAAGAUGGUUUUGUAGUUCUUAUGAUGUUGUCAUCAGCAAUUAUUUCACAAUAUAUUUUUUUAUUUUUUGAAUUGUUUGGGUGGUAUAGAAUAUGCUUCAGUGCAUGUUGAUAAGAUUUUGACAAGAUGUUUUCUUUUCUGGAAAAAAUAUACUGGAUUUUUAGUUUUUAGUUUUAUAAAAGUGUGCUGAGCACCCACUAAAACCAGCCAUUCCAUAUUAAAUGGUCUUCCUGGUUAAUUUGGUAACAGGUUUAUGAUGAGCAUAAUCCAGUGUGGGAAGAGGGCUUGGUUCCAUUAUUACCACUCACACAUCAUAGAUUACUCUUGUGAUUAAAACUUUUGACUAUUGGUUUAUUUGUUUUAACGAGAAGAGAAGAACCGCUGAUUGAUUCUUUCAAGUUGGAAUUCACAUUUAUUUUAAAUGAGUAUAUUUAGGGGUUUCAUUAUCUUUACAUUGAUUUAUACCCCAUGAAAUGUUCAUUUUCUUAAAAACUAUGUACUGUCAACAAUCAUCAUAUAUUUUAUUCAUAAUUAUGCUAUCAGAAUAUAACAUAAGCUUAGUUUAGUAAAUACCUAUGCAACACCUAAGCAAGACCUUAGCAGCUCAAACACACACACACACACACAUGCUCACACACAUGCCAUGUCUUCAGGCCAGCUGGCUGGUGUCUGUUGUGUCCAGGAAGAAGAAAUAAUGGCACAAAUGCAGCUCUUUCACAGUUCGGUCCAGAGCCAGCAUUAUCUGUUGACUGUGUUGUGAGAAGCUGUUAGCAGCUGGCCCACAUAGCUUGAAGGUGCAACAGAUGUGUGCAGCUGUAGUAGCCAUGUUGCUUUUUUUUAGUAGUGCUCUGAAUUCACUCUCCUGUACAUACAUUCUCACAUACUUUUUGUGUCAGGCCUGUUUUACGUCUCUUUUGGCAAUGUCUCUCCUGAUAGACCCAGUAAACCCAAUGCAGGAAGAUGCCCAUGCACUUUUCAAAUUAAAAAUUAUCAUUUAUAUAUGUGAAUAUAUUCAUCUCAGAGCGUAUGUAAGAUAUAUAUGUUGCCAAAACUUUCUUGGCUUGGAACCAAUCUUACAACCUUAUUUUAUGUGUUGGACUCUGAAAUUUGCAUCUUACAAGCGUUUGCUGACUGGUUGAUAUGACUUGUAUCAAUCUAGCCAUUCAUAAAGUGCUACAGAUGCAGAUAUUACUGUGCGGUAUAGAGCAAUAAUGUUGGAAUGCCACCUUUUUCUCAUUUUUGAGUGUUGUCAUUAAGAAUUAGGGGACACGUUCAUCUGAUCCCUUAUAAUAAAUCCAGUGUGCCUGAAGCUGUUCCCUGAAUGUUUCUGUAUGUAAAUCGGCCACAUCAGUUGAAGACAGCUCUGUCUGUGAAUGGAUCUUGUGUGUAAUGAGAAUUUGCAUGUUUCAAACGUGAACAUACUGAGUGAGACUACAUCCCCUUGAGAUGACUAACGGCUCAACACUGGAUGUCUGAUGAAGGCCCUGAGGAUGGCCGAAACGUCACUGUUUUUAAACAAAUAAAGCUAAGGCCUAUUUCUGUGUAGAGUGAGUGUUGCACCUUCUUCCUAAAAAGCAUGAACAUUUGAAUUUUGGUUGCACCUCCUCUUCAGUUGGUUGAGCACCUUUUUUCAACUUAUUAACAGCUCAACACUUGCAUACCUUUACUUGAAACCCAAAUACAAAACAUAUCAGAGAGGAGCAGAACAUAGCCAGAAUCAGUCUUCUCUCUUUCUCUAUUUCCUUUCUGCAUCCCCUUCUCAUCCCUGUUCCCUCUCCUUUUCUAUUUUUGAAGAAGAAGCUUUUUUGCAUCCCUUGUUCUUGUGUUUUUCUAUCAUACUGUUUGAAGUUGAAUUGUAAUGCAUGCAUGGAAUAAAACAAGGACAUAACUUGUGAAUAAUUUGUGAAUGGUCAGAAUGAGGUAACAUUUCUUUUACCUGGACUCUCUACUCUGCUACUUCUCUCUCUCUCUGAGAUACCUAGAGUGAAAGGCAGAAUAUAUCUAGCUAGACAGCUGUUAAAGGAUGUCAAUUUUUCCUCCAAAUGUAGCCAUACCAAAAAACAAAAAAGUUAUGGCUGUACACUAGCCAUUCCUAGCUAAGUUUAAUUUACUUGUUUAUAUAUUGUUUUAAAAAUAUUUGUAUUAUUUGGUGUCUGAUGUAUCUGUAUAAAAUAUUGGUAGCCUCCACUGUAGCUAAUGCUGUUCAGAGCUUCCACAGACACAGAGCUGAAAGAACAUAGAUGCAGCAGUUGUGACGGCACACAUUUAAUCUAUGGAAAAUGUCAACAUUUGGAACUCAUUUAAUUUAGAAUGUGUCUGCACACCAAUUAUUAUUAUAUUGUCUUAUUCUGUCUUUAUGUUUAGCUUGUUUAAAGGAGGAAUUCAUUGCACUAUCACAGCUAAUGUAGCUGCUGUAUCUACUGUUGAGCGCAACCGUAACCAUAAAUCCCCAAGGACAGAGAGAGAUAUAGAGUGCGAAAGAGAGGCCAGUGGGAAAGAGAAGGUUCCUAAAACAAUUAAUGAGUUCUAUGCUAGACUGAUGCUGGAUACAAUACACAAAGGGAAAAAUAUCAAGAACUGUAUAAAAUAUGUUUCAAUGGAAUGUUUAUUAUUUACCUUUUAUAUUUUUGAAAUGUAUAAAGAAAAAAAUAAUAAACUGUCAAAUUGAACAGAGUUUGUGAAAACUGAGACUUAAAAAUAAUUAUAUUACUAAAAGUAUGAAAGUUUGAACGUGAAUGCUAACCUACCUGAUCAAAUUUUCUCCAUUACAGAUAGGGAGAAAAAAGCCCAAAAACAAUUAGAAAAAUGAAAUCCAAUUUAAAAAGAAAAAAUUAUCAAAAAGUCAAUAAAAAUGUUAAAAGCUCAUGCCAAAAUGUUCAACA